CAACGACGUGGGGAAAGUGGCCAUCUUGACCGAGUUUCCUGCAGCUGCCAACGAACUGUUCGGCCGGAGUAGACGAGUGUUGUCGUGUACGUGUUUUCGUUCGCGACCUUUCAAGAUCGACCGAGCGAUAGCCAAGCAACCAAUCAAAUCCAGCGUUGAAAUCGCACAACGAUUGGUCCAUUGGGACGCUGGAGAGAUUUCGAUUAUGACACGAGAUGCUGCCGGCGACUUGACCAACUUGGGGAUCUGCCGUGACUUGCUGGACAACCAGGAGGCCACAAAGUCGAUUCUCAUCGUGGGCGACGGCAACUUUUCCUAUGCUUGUGCGUUUGUUCGAAGUGUGCUGAAGUUCGACCCAACUGGCGACGUCCUUGGCCGGAUGCACAUCCGUGCAACGUCUCUCGACACUCACGAAGAGCUUCUUCGCAUGUAUCCAGGCGCGGCAGCGCAUUUCCAAGAGCUUCACGGUCACAGCACUGUCCGUGUACUACAUGGCAUCAACGGAACGAAACUCGACGAAUGCAAGGACACUCUCGGCAUCUCGUCGUUUGACCGUAUCGUGUUCAACUUUCCGCAUUACGCAGAAGGCGGCAACAAGCGAAACAAGAUCAACAAACAUCGCCAGCUCCUGACUCAAUUCUUUCAAAGCUGCACGUCAGUCUUGGCGAGCGAUGGCCAAGUGUGGGUCACAUUGUGUGCUGGGCAAGGCGGCACCCCCGAAGAAAUAAUUGUGCGGCCCGUGGGAGAUACGUGGCAAGUGGCGCAAUGUGCCGCGUCCGCAGCGCUCAUGCUGUUCCAUGUGCACCCUGUACCGACGGACGCGCUGUUCAAGCUAGGGUAUAACAGCGUGGGUCACCGAUUACAAGAGAAAGCGUUCCGCACACACGAUAGCUUGACCCACAUCUUUUGCCGCGAGUCGUUGGGAAUCCUGGCGCACCAUCCUCUGACGUGGACCCGUGACAUCAGCUUUUGGAUUGGGGCAGGUUUCACCGAAGACAAAAUGGCUCACGUUGUCGAAGACGUGUACGGCCCCAAAGUCGACGUGUGCCUGGAGCACAUCGAUGAGUACACAAACGACCAAGGGCGGUACGCCAAAGGCUAUCGACUAACCCUGUCGUCCAGGACGAUGGCUCUCUCAAAGGAGUAUGUGAACACCAAGACAGACGAAGUUACCGACGUGCUAGACAUCUACGAGUGGUGACACUCGCGGGUCAAAUGAAAUACACCAUCUCCAUUUUCCGC